CUUAAUUAUCCCGCCCCGUCCCUUCUCGAUUUUACUGCCCGCCUGUAGAUUCAUUCAUUCGCUCUCAUUCUCACUACUGCCCCCUCCUCAUCCUCCAUCCGCCCCAGAUUCUCUCAUCAUCAUCUUCGUCUUCUUCUUCGUGUUGCUUGAAUUCCCACCUUUUCUGUGACUGUGAAGAACCCUCGCGGCUCUGCGAUCAAGGCGGUAUGGUUGGGGAUUUCAGGACUUUCGAUGAUCGCCUGCACCGUCAGUUUUUCAAGAGGGAGACUGGGGUUUCGUCUCCCAGGGUUUUCUCUCGCCGCCUCUCCGCUUCUCAGACCCUGAUCAAACAGAUUGAUUCGUAUGGGGAACUCUCUGGCCACCGUGGUUGUGUUAAUGCAAUCGAGUUUAAUUCUACUGGGGAGCUUCUUAUUUCCGGCUCUGAUGAUAAGCAAGUAAAGCUCUGGGACUGGGCAAGACAGAAACUUAAAUUAUCUUAUUCGUCGGGUCAUGUUGACAACAUAUUCCAGACCAGAUUCAUGCCAUUUACCGAUGAUCGCGUGAUAGUAACUUCUUCUGCUGAUUGCCAGGUUAGGCUCAGCCUGCUGGCGGAAAAUGGUUCAGUCGAAACAAAGCGAUUGUCCAAGCACCAAGGCCGUGUCCACAAGCUUGCUGUCGAACCCGGCAGCCCUCACGUGUUCUACAGCUGCGGCGAAGAUGGUUUUAUCCAACACUAUGAUCUUCGUAGCAAUUCUGCGACCAAGCUUUUCUACUGCUCGUCAAAUUCUGGACAGAGGUGGCCUACAAGUAGUGUCGGACUAAACUCCAUUGCAAUCGACCCGAGAAAUCCUAAUCUCUUUGCUGCAGGCGGCGCCGAUAGGUUUGCUCGCGUUUACGACAUAAGGAAUUACCAAAUCAACGCGUCCUCUAAAUCAGGAAACCUGGUGGAAUCUUUUUGCCCUCGCCAAAUCUCCGGGACACCCGACACCGAAAAGCACAUUACAGCGUUAACUUACUCCAACAGCAGCGAGCUUCUUGUCUCGUACAACGAAGAGCUCAUAUAUUUGUUUCCAAGGAAAUCUCGACGUGGAUCUAAUCUCGAAUCUUCGCCGACCAACGACACGGACUCGGACGUGUCGGAGACCGAUCCGCAAGUUUAUUCGGGUCACCGAAACGCGCGAACCGUCAAGGGGGUUAGUUUCUUCGGCCCGAAUGACGAAUACGUCCUGAGUGGCUCCGACUGCGGGCAUAUUUUCAUCUGGAAGAAAAACAGCGGCGAACUCGUCCGUAUGAUGGUCGGCGACAGGCAUAUCGUCAAUCAGAUCGAGUCGCAUCCGACGAUCCCGAUCCUCGCCUCUUGCGGGAUCGAGAAAACGAUAAAGCUCUGGAGCCCAAGUUCGGAUACCGUCAAUCCUCUGCCGGAAAAUGUCGAGGAGAUUAUGGAAGAUAAUAAGCUCAAUAUGGAUGACCAUUCGAGACUGCCGCUAACUCCUGAUGUGAUAAUGCAUGUCUUGCAGCUGCACAGGCGGCAAGCGCGGGUGUACAUCGAAAGAAGGCACGGCAAUGAGAGCGACGAGGACGGCGACGAUGACGAUGACGGCGGGGAGGCUUAUUUGCUGGGUUUCUCUGAUGGCGAUCCUUUGGAUGAGGGAGGGAACUCCAGAGAUUGCACCAUUAGCUAGAGGUGGCGGCGCCGCCUCCGCUGCCGCCGCCGAUUCGUCGAUAUUUUGGUACUCGUAAAGCGACGCACAUACAAGAAAAUACACAAAAUUGAGGCCUCCUAGUACACAACAAAGCCAAUACACAUAAUCCAA